CAUAAACGAGAAAACAAUGAAUCUAAACAAAACGAUCUUGUGAAUUCCAUUUUCAGUUACUCUCAUUCACUUCAUACUUUGACUCAAACUCUCACCAUUCCUAUUACAUCGAUCAUGCAACUUCGCGUUUUUCAUCAAAAGGUUUGAUCAAUUGCAUCUUCAUUUCUAUCUUAAUCCCCUUUCCUAGGGUUAGGUUUUCAAGAUCACUAGGGUUUUUCCCUUUUACAAAAUUUCCUUUUUUUCUCGAUUUAUUCCUAAAUUCAACCAAAAGGGUAUUUAGGGUUUACUUUUGUUUACUCAAUUAACAACUAUGCAGUUCAGACAGCGCGAAGAAGAUCAUGUUUCAGUUUCUCUUUCUCCAAAGCUGCGUACCCAGCAAAGGGUUGAUUCGGGUCCUGACCCGUUUAGGAGAAACCGUCGUGAUGGGUUGGAUCCGUCGCCGGUGAAAUUGACUCCCCUGAAGGUGGAUGGAGUGAGAAGAGUUGCUAGUGGUGGUGGUGGUAGCAAAAGGGGCGGUGGUGAUGGAUUUGAAGGGAGGGAUUCUGAUUGGCAUUUGAAUGGUAGGAGAAGUGGUAGGGUUCAAUCUAGGUCUCCUCCUGUUGAUCAAAUGAGGAAAAGGUCACUUUUUAAUGACGGGGUUGGUUGUAGAAGUACUUCACCAUCAACUUCAGGGUUGAGACCUAGAUAUGGGUAUUCAAAAACCGUGGAUUACGGUGGUGUUGAUGACGAAAAUUUGGAUAUGAAACGGGUUUAUCUAGAUAGAGAUAAGGAUUUGAUUGAAAGCAGAUUAGGUGGUGGAAAGAGUAUUGUGAAUCAGAGGUUUUUGAGAAGUGAAAAUGAAGUUGGAAGUUCAUAUAGGUCUAUUCCGGAUAUCGGUGGAAGUGUAACAUCAGGGUAUGAGGAGGAAGAUAGUGGGCGCUUGCCUCCACCGUCAAGGAGUGUGCCAGCUGGGAGAUUUGAGCAUGAGAGGCUGCAUCACCAAGAGCAUUUGCCUGUGGAUAAAAUACCCAUUACAGAAUCCCAUGGUGGGGGAACAGGAAGGUUUGAGCAUGAAAGGCUGCAUCAUCGAGAGAAUUUGCAUGUGGAUAAGAUACCCAUUACAGAAUUCCACGGUGGAGGAACAGGGAGAUUUGAGCAUGAAAGGCUGCAUCACCGAGAGCAUUUGCCUGUGGAUAGGAAACCCGUUACAGAAUCCCACGGUGAAGGAACAGGGAUAUUUGAGCAUGAAAGACUGCAUCACCGAGAGCAUUUGCCUGUGGAUAGGAAACCCAUCACAGAAUCCCACAGUGGGGCUGAUAAAACAAUCUUUUAUGCAAGAGAUAGGGAUGCUUCCUAUUCCACAUUAUCUCCCUCUUACGCAAAGGAUUUUAAAGGUACUUCUCACUUAAGGGAUUAUGGAAACUGCUCCAUGGAAACGAGGAGGAGUGAUUUUCUAUGCUCGCAUGGUGAUGUUGUCUGUUCACUUUCAUCUUAUGAUCAGCCUAGGAGCAGCGGAAAACUUGCAGAAGGUGCAGGGUUUAGUGGACAUGGCCAAAGGCCACCCAUAGACACUAGUAGAGGUCCUGAAAUUGGGCAGAGGAAUAUUAGGUGCGACCAUCGAUGUGAGUUUAGUCCUUCCAGGUCUGAGCAUGCAGAUUAUUUUAACUACAGAUCUCAUUCCAGAGCAGUACAAGAUGAAUAUAUAUACCAGUAUGAUGAUAUUCCUAGAAGGGUAGCUCCUAAUGGUCGAUUGGACUAUGAGCAAGCUGUAAUGGAGUAUGAUAACAGGGAGUUGUCCAGACAUUACAUCUCACAUCCAGAUUUAGAUAGAACUGGUAAGAGUGAAGAUUAUUAUGGAAAUCCAAGAAGGGGUAUUAUGCAUGAGCAUAACCACCCUGCAUCACAGGAUCCAACAUAUGUAGACUAUCAUGAUAUGAGAAGAACAUCAAUUGCAUCAAAACAGGGUGAUGGCUAUUUGCGUUCUGGAUAUAAUCAUACUGAAAUUAGGAAAAGAAUGCCAAAUGAUUAUGAAGUUUCAUAUCUGGAUGCACCAGAGGCAUAUCAUCAAAUAUCAAAUUAUAGAACAGAAUAUGAAUCUCGAAAAGAUGGCGCUCCAGGGCAUCAGCAAGAAAGGUUUCAGAGUUCACCUCUGUCUAAGCAUGAUUUAGAAACCUACAGACAAACUGGCAGAGUGCAGGAAAUGAAUCAGCAUGUUGGCAUUCAUAACCAUUCAAAUAGAAUUGUGAAAAGAAAAUACUAUGCCAAUGAAGAAAUAGAUGUUCGUGAUUUGAGAAAAAUGAAAUCAAGUAAAUGGGGUGCGGCUGAAGAAUAUCAAGAUUAUUAUGAAAGUGAAGAGUGGGUAGAUGAUGAAGACAUGAAUAUGGUGUAUUCAUAUAAAAAUGUUGGAUCCAACCAUAAGAUAUACAGGCAGCAUAAGAAUAAAUACAAUGAGUUGGAGAAUGGAGAAGGUUUUCCUUCUGAUAAGAGGAUAUCACCUCAAGUUUCUAUGGGACAUGUACAAAGACCAUCAUUUCGAUUUCAGAAGUAUUCCAAUCAAAAUAUGAGACAUCAUCCAAAGUCUAGUUCAUCAAACUGGUAUAAACCUCAGCAUUUUUCUAGGCGAAAUGCAAAUCAAAAACAACCUAAAGGUUGGAAAAAGUAUCAACAUGGAUAUAAUGAGAACAAACAUACGAUUAAUGACGAAUCAUAUGAAGAUGUGGCAAGUGCUGCAGAACCCGAGCCAACUGAGGGCUCUGAGGAGUUUUUACAAAUGGUACAUGAGAAUUUCUUAACGUACUCCAAGAACUUGAAUCUGAACCUACCUGUCCAAAGAAGGUACCAGAAACAAGGAAAAGCUGGUUGUUUGUUCUGCAUCGUAUGCGGUAGAAGUUCCUCAAAGGAAUUCAUGGACACUCGAAGCUUAGUUACUCAUGCUUUUAUGUCCCAUAAGGCUGGGAUGAGAGCUAAACACUUGGGUCUUCACAAAGCAAUAUGUGUUAUGAUGGGAUGGGAUACUGAUAUUCCUCAAGAUACAGUAACCUGGGUUCCCCAGGUCUUGCCUCAUGCUGAAGCUUUGGCCCAAAAGGAGGAUUUGAUUCUUUGGCCACCAGUUGUUAUCAUCCAUAAUAUUUCGAUGUCUGAUGACAAUCCUCAAAACUGGAAGGUUAUAAGUAUGGAAACAAUUGAGGCGUUUAUAAGAGGUAAAGGUUUUGUGAGGGGACGAAUCAAAUUAUGCUUAGGGAAGCCUGCAGACCAAAGUACUUUUCUGGUGAAGUUCUUGGGCACAUUUGUUGGGCUGGGAGAUGCAGAGAGGAUUCAUAAAUAUCUUUCUGAUAGCAACCGGGGGAGAGCUGAUUAUGAGAGGGUAAAAUCUGGAGGUGUCACAAGCUGUAACAUUGAAGAGACAGACCAGGGAGACAAAGUGGAGAGUUUUCUUUAUGGUUACGUGGCAAUUGCAGAGGACUUGGAGAAACUAGAUUUCAAUAGCAAGAAUUGGAGUACCGUAAAGAGCAGGAAGGAUAUUGAUGAUCUGGAUAAGGAUCCUGUUAAAACCGACGAAAGGCGGUGAUCAUAACAUAAGACCGUUUCAAAAAAUUCAUGGUUCCCGGUGCUAAAAUUCAAGUGUUCGAAUUGCAUAAUUUGUCUUAACCUAUGCUUAAGUUAGCAGUUCUUGUAUACAGGACAAGAGUCCUUUGUAUGAGUUCUUUUUCUGUUUGCGAAUUCUUAGAACUGAUUUGACUGAAAGCUGAUGCAGAAUCAUGUGCUUCUGUGAUUUAGCAACAUAGGCCUUUUAUAUGACCGCUCAGGACGAAUGUAUCUAAUAUUCUUAAAAUGUUAUUUCAUUUAAAUACCAGGGUUAAGGAUGAUUAGAUGGUCACUAAGGCCAUCCACAAUUGAUGAUACUUAACCCAUGAAUACAUGUCUGGGAGAGUACCAAUUUGUUCCCUCCAUAGUUAGCUUAUGUAUGAACAUCUAUUUGGAAUGAGUGCCUUUUUAGGCACCUUCUUUCCUUUGAAAUGUGGCGUCAAUUUAA